AUGAAAGAGCGUAACUACUCACAGUCUGUUUGGUUCAAUGUAAUGGCAUAGCCAUUACAACUCAAUUCUAUUGGCCCACCACAAACCCUUUUGGUUGAAUGGAAUGUGUAUUACAGGCCUUGCUGUUUAGUUUUCUAUUCUCGCUCAUCACUGAAUAGCAUUCUUUGCCUCACCCUCUGAAUUGCCAUUCAGAGCACGGUAGGAAUGCUGAGAGAUUACCUUUUUUUUUUUUUUUUUUCAUUUUUACCCUCAUUUUUCAUCGUCAUCCUUUCUGCAGUUUCAACUACAGCCUCUACGUUCAUUACCUUCUCCAUUUAUAAAGCCCUAAACACCAUUGCCCCUUGCCAAUUUUUUCAAUCUUUUCUUCGUAGGAAUCAGAUCGUAGAAAUUUCUCAAUUAAGGGCAAAGUCUUCAGCAAGGAAAAAAAUCCAGAUUCAAUUGAAAAACACAUUAGCUUCUGGUUUUGAUUUCAAAGCGAUUCAAGACAAGGUGUUUCAACUUCGAGUGAGUUUUGUGAAGGAUCCACAAAAGCAAUAAGCAAUGUGGGAUAAACAAAAUGAGUUUGUUUUUUUUAGUUUUUUUCUGGUUCUUUUAGUUUCUUUACUGUUUGAUUCUUAUUGAUUGAUUUAGUUGUUCUUAGUUCGUUAAACUACGGUCUUCACUUUUGUGUUCUUUCAGUUCAAUUAAAAUGGGUUUGUUUGUUUUUACUUUUUCUGUACUAUUUGAUUCUUAUUGAUUGCCCCUUUUGUUGAUUUUGUUGUUCUUAGCUCUUUGUAAAUUACAGUCUUUGCUUUUGUGUUCUUUCAGUUCAAAUUUAAAUGGGUUUGUCUGUUUUUACUUCUUCUUUUUUUGUACUGUUUGAUUCUUAUUGAUUGCUCCUUUUGUUGAUUUUACUAUUUUUAGCUAUUGGCAAACUGCACAACAUUUGCUUUUUGUGUUCUUUCAGCUCAAUUAAAGACUAAAUUUUACAUGUAUGUUCAAAUUUAUUUAUGUUCCUUUUGAAAUCCUGUUUUACUUAUUGAUAUUUUCCUUUUAACUUUGGUACUAAAUACUUUUAUUGGUAAAUAUACCAUUUGAUGUUGUUCAACUUGUUUUAGAGAAGGAGUUUGGUCGAAGCAUGGGUGAAAUUUUUGAGAAUUUUGAUGUAAAUCCUCUUGGUUCAGCAUCGAUCGCACAGGUCCAUCGAGCAAGAUUGAGAGGUGAUAAGAACGAUGUUGUUGUUAAGGUGCAACAUCCGGGAAUUCGGGAUCUUAUGAUGACUGACAUUCAUAACUUGCAAGCAUUUGUACUGUUCAUUCAAAAGACUGAUAUCAAAUUUGAUCUGUUUUCCAUUACCAAGGAAAUGGAAAAACAGGUAUUUGUAUUCACACUGAUGUUCCUUGCAAAACACAUCUAUCCUUCUUUUAUGUAUUUUUCAGAUAUGUAAAUUGAGAGUAUUGUACCGCUCAGAUUUAUUUCUUUGUUCUUCUGCAUGUCAUUAGUUAUUUAUCCUUUGUGUUGUCAAAAUCGGAUAUGAGUUUGACUUUCUAAGAGAAGCCAAUGCUAUGGAGAGAAUUCGCUGUUUCUUAUCGAGAAUAACAAAAAGACUCCGGUUCUGAUUCCGAGAGUGCUUUGGGGUUUGGUUACGAGGAAAGUUCAUUUUGUUGUAAUUCUUCGUAUUGCUUGUACAUGUUUGUCCUAGUACUAUCCAAGGAUAUGUGGAAUAGAUGUUUGAAAA